UUCCUCGAUCAAAAUAAAUCGAAUCAAAAUUUCGACUGUUACAACCGUAUCUGGUAAAGGUAGGAAUGAUAUCCGGUCAAGGAUCUUUCCGACGUCGCUUUCGAGAGGAAUCUUUUGACCGGAUAUAAGCAUUGUAAAAUUAUUCGAACGGUUUGUACUUGUUUAAGAAAGUAGCCUAGUCGACGGAAUGCGUUUUAUAGCUUGGUUUCCCAUCCGUCACACUAGAAUGACCUCUAAAUCACUUCGUUGUGCGCGAAAGUAAAGCGACGAUCGGGUUGCCACCGAUCGAGAAGUUAAUUUGCAUUAUUCUUUGAAAAAAAGUUGUUCCGUCGGCCGCGCGUGUUUAAAGAAAUCUAAUCUAACACUUGACCCUGGCUGGCCUCUAACGAUUCACGGAAAAAUAGUAAUGUAACCGAUAUUUCUCAGUACCACUGAUUCAUUCACUGAUGGAGUGCGCGAAUCCGUUGUGCGUUAUUAUCGCGGCACUAGCAUCACGUCUUCUUCACGGUAAACCUAUUUGUAUUACUGAAAAUGUUCAAUCUACGGAUCUGUAAUAUUUGCGUUAGCUUACGUCAUCAAUUCAGGCUUUUUUCCUGAUCUCCAUAACGUUCUGGCGAUCCUAUGGGCUUCGAAAACUUUACAGUAAUAUCCGUAGUUCUAUUUCGAUGAAUCGUUUAAAUCCAAUUCUGUUGUCACCGUUUUCUAACGUGGGCAUGUGCCAAGCAUUCAAGGGCGCGCUUUGAACUUCCAUGAAAGUCCAGUUGGCCAUUUAAAAUGUUAAACAAAUUGAACGGUUACCGUGAUAUAACCGAAGACAUUAUUAGCGAAGCAUUUCUGGAAGCUUACGGUGAUAACAUUCAUCGGCUAAUAGGAAGCAUGGCGACCGACAAGCCUCAGCUGGUGGCAGUCAACAGCGAAAGUGACAUUAGGCAGCUGGAGAAACAUACUUCCGGUCAUCUUGCCCCCGAGAGCGUUCUCGAUGGCCGUGUUUUGGUCCUUUACACUGGUGGAACCAUUGGCAUGAUCAGGAACGACGAUGGAGUCCUAGUGCCCAAAGCGAACGCGUUCGUGAAGAAUCUGCGAAGGUAUCCCAAUAUGCACGAUAAAAAGUACGCGGAGGAACGAUUCGGCUCGAUGGGACCGUUGGUGCUUCCAAUGACCAGGGGCGACAGCAGGCGGGUAAUAUACAACGUGCUGGAGUACUCGCCGCUCUGCGAUUCCAGUAACAUGACGAUGGACAACUGGAUUGCCAUUGCCAACGACAUUCAGCAAGCCUACCAGCACUUCGACGGUUUCGUGGUGCUCCACGGAACGGAUACUCUGAGCUACACAGCAUCGGCUUUGUCGUUCAUGCUCGAGGCACUCGGCAAGAUAGUGAUACUGACCGGGUCCCAGGUGCCGAUUUUCGACUCGAGAAGCGACGGCCUAGAGAACUUCCUCUCGUCCCUAAUCAUAGCCGCGAGUUACCACAUACCGGAAGUUUGCGUCUACUUCGGGACGAAGCUGAUGCGGGCAAACAGAACGAGCAAGAUCUCGACCACUGCGUUCAAUGCGUUCGACUCGCCUAACUUCCCGCUCCUGGCCAAGGCCAAUAGUAAAAUUGAAGUGGACUACCGGGCCAUUUUCCGGCCAUGCACGCUGACAAAGUUCUGCGUGCACGCCAACUUGAACAGGAACGUGGGCUUGUUGCGGAUAUUCCCAAGCAUCACCACGGAACUGGUGAGAGCGUUCCUGCAACCGUCCAUCGAGGGCGUCGUGUUGGAGAGCUACGGGGCUGGAAAUAUCCCAAUCAACCGGGAAGACUUGGUCGACGAGUUCCGCAAAGCGUCGAAACGCGGAGUUAUUAUAGUGAACAUCACGCAAUGCGCGACUGGAUGCGUCAUGGGGUUGUACGAGCCAGCGAAGCAACUGGAAAAAGCUGGUGUAAUAUCCGGCUACGACAUGACCCCGGAAGCAGCGCUGACUAAAUUAGCCUACGUGUUGUCGAAGAAGGAAUGGAACACGGAUACGAGACGGAAGAUAAUGCAGACCAACUUACGUGGAGAACUGUCCGCAGGACGACCGCCUUCCCUCCAGGACGUAGACCUCGUGGAAGCGGUCGCAAGGUCUCUGAGGAUCUCGUCGAGCGCCGAGUUCGCAGAGCUGGGCACGAUCCUGUUCCCAGCGAUGCUGAAUGCCGCCGUUAUCGCGAAAGAUCUGGCCAAACUCGAAUCAUUGAAAGGCUACGGCGCGAAUAUCACGCAGAAGAACGCGGACGGGCGCACUGCGUUGCAUAUCGCCUGCUGCGAAGGGGAUUUGAACGUGGUCCAGUGUCUCUUGAGGAUGGGGGCUAGCGUGCAUAUCAAGGACCGGUUCGACCGUACACCGCUCACCGAUGCUCUAGAAUACGAUCACCAUGACAUCAUCAAAGUUCUGUUACAAUGCGGCGCCCAUCUGCACGGCAGCGGCUACCUGAUAGGCGAAAAAAUGUGCGUGGCAGCCGCCGUCGGGAACGUGAAACGUCUGAAGUCUUAUCAUAUCGCGAACGCAGAUCUUUCUCAGAUCGAGUUCUCGGGUCGAACUCCGCUGCAUUAUGCCGCGUUGCACAAUAAACCGCAGGUGAUUAAGUUCUUGUUGGAGCACCGGGUGAACACCGACUGCAAGGACAAGAUAGGGCAAACCCCUUUGGAUCUGGCCAGGGCGGCCGGUUCCGCGGACGCGGUGUCAUUGCUCUCGGACCCAGAGCCGACUGGCAGCUCGGUGAAAACGGCCGGAUGAAAGUGAAAUGAGGGGUUGAUAGAAGGUUGAUAUAACGUAACGCCACGGUCCGUCACAAUGGCCGGCUGGGACAACACGUAUUAAGGAGAAAAUAAAACGUUUACUCGUGCAUCGCCUAA